GGACCGCUAGUAUUUUUCUGCUCCACGAAUAACGUCCAGGCUGAAUGAUCUAGAAGCCCUGCAAAGCUGCAUUAUUAUUUCAUAUACUUUUUUUGUCGAAUUUCCUUACAUUUAUAGUGAAACGGAAUAACAAAAUGUCCAGGAGACGACACAGCGAGAGCGAGAAUGACGGAGGUCAGGAACACAAAAGGAGGAGAACGUCGGAGCCCAUUGAAAUAGAAGAUCGCCUGGAGUCACUGAUAUGUCGUGUGGGGGAGAAGAGUACUUCGUCCCUGGAGAGCAACUUGGAGGGGCUUGCAGGUGUCCUGGAGGCCGACCUUCCAAACUACAAAAACAAAAUCCUGCGCAUUUUAUGUGCCGUCGCCCGCCUCCUCCCCGAGAAGCUGUCUGUGUACACGACUCUGGUCGGCCUCCUGAACGCCAGGAACUACAACUUUGGGGGCGAGUUUGUGGAAGCCAUGAUCAGACAACUCAAGGAGACUCUGAAAAACAACCUGUACAACGAAGCUGUUUACUUGGUGCGUUUUCUGUCUGACUUGGUCAACUGCCAUGUGAUCGCCGCUCCAUCGAUGGUGGCCAUGUUCGAAAACUUUAUCAGUGUUACUCUGGAGGAAGAUGUACCACAGGUGGGUGGAAGAGGGUGUCGAGCUAAUACAUAUUUGAAAUGA